AAAUAACAACUGCAAAACAGAGAGAACUGUAUCUUCAUUUUCUCAGUUGAUGCAAGGCUAUGCAAUCUGUUCAUUUUGUAUGUUGAUUUAAACAACUUCGCUUCCAAGCAAUCAGUGUUACAGAGAAACAGAGACACAGACAAAGAAGUGAAAGAAGAUGAUUCUGUACUCAUUUCCACAAAAUUGAAUAGAAAUUGAUUGAUUGAUUGAUUGUUUGCUUCCUUUUUUGUAGGAGCGAGUUUUUGUCCAAUUUGUGCCAAUGGAAUCAGCUUCCUGCUUAUUGAGCCAAAAUGAUAUCUAGAUCCUCAAAGAUUUCUGGGUACUAUCUGCAGAAGGCCAGGGAAAGAAGACAACUUGUGAAGUAGCUUUAUUUUUUGUGAGGAAUACUCGUGGAAUUUAGGUGAAAUGGUGAAAAUGGUCUUGUCAAUGAAGGUGUGUCUGCUUCUGCAAUGACUGGAAAGGGCAUGGUUUUGCUGUCGGCGGUACAAGUCUUUGGAACCAACAUGGUGGGGGCAGAGCAAUAAUGCAUAAAACGUUUAGCGGCUUCUGUUUCUUGCCUUAUAACUGUGGGGCUUCGAUGGGUUUUGACAUUUUGAUAUAUUAAAGGAACAAGUAGGUUUUUUUUUACACAUUUUGCAGUGGUGGCAAUGAGUAGAGAGCAAAAGAGAGGAAAGCAAGAGAAAGGCGGCUCUGAUGUUGCCGAGAAGGUUGUAGUCGCAGUUAAGGCAUCCAAAGAAAUUCCUAAGACUGCCUUGGUGUGGGCUUUGACUCAUGUCGUGCAAGCUGGGGAUUGCAUCACUCUGUUUGUGGUUGUCCCUUCACAGAGUUCAGGUCGAAAGUUAUGGGGUUUCCCAAGAUUUGCUGGGGACUGUGCCAGUGGGCAGCGGAAGUCUCAUUCUGGAGCAUCCUCAGAGCAGAACUGCGACAUCACAGAUUCCUGCUCCCAGAUGUUCCUUCAGCUCCAUGAUGUUUAUGAUCCAAACAAGAUCAAUAUGAAGAUAAAAAUUUUUUCUGGAUCACCUUGUGGGGCAGUGGCUGCAGAGGCCAAGAGGGCACAAGCCAAUUGGGUUGUACUAGACAAACAGCUAAAGCAUGAGGAAAAAUGCUGCAUGGAAGAAUUACAAUGCAAUAUUGUUGUUAUGAAGCGUUCCCAGCCAAAGAUUCUUCGCUUGAAUUUGGUUGGAUCGUCUAAGGAAGCUGAAACCACUGGUCAAUUGCCUUGUGAACUAGAUGAAGCUUCUGAUAAAUGCACAAAACAUAAAAAUGAUUCUUUAGUUUCCAUUCGAGGACCAGUUGUCACUCCAACAAGCAGUCCAGAGCUAGGGACAUCAUUUACUGCUACUGAAGCUGGAACUUCAUCUGUUUCAAGUGAUCCUGGCACUUCGCCAUUUUUUACCUCGGAAAUGAAUGGAGACCUGAAGAAAGAGGGAUCAUUAAUCAUUAAGGAAAAUAUGGAUGUUGAUGAAUCUAGUUCAGACACAGACAGGGAACAUUUAUCAUCAGCUUCAGCAAGUUUGAGGUUUGAACCAUGGAUGGGAGAAUUCAUUAGUUCCUACAUUCAAUCCUCACGGCAUAUGGAGGAAGGUUCACGCCGAAAUACCAAUAUGGCUCAAGAAUCAACAACUAAAGCUUUGCUAGACAAGUUCUCAAGACCUGAUAGAAAAACUGGAACUGGAAUGCGCAACUACAGGACAGAUGUAGACUUGAGUGGAAAUGUGAGAGAAGCAAUAUCAUUAUCCAGAAAUGCACCUCCUGGACCCCCUCCUUUGUGCUCAAUAUGCCAACAUAAGGCACCUGUUUUUGGAAAACCUCCAAGGUGGUUCAGCUAUGCUGAGUUGGAGCUUGCAACUGGUGGAUUUUCACAAGCUAAUUUCUUGGCAGAGGGUGGGUUUGGAUCUGUUCACAGGGGCGUAUUGCCAGAUGGCCAAGUAGUUGCUGUCAAGCAACACAAAUUGGCUAGUUCACAAGGGGAUCUUGAAUUUUGCUCGGAAGUUGAAGUCCUGAGCUGCGCUCAGCAUCGAAAUGUUGUUAUGCUGAUUGGAUUUUGUAUUGAGGAAAAAAGGAGGUUGUUGGUAUAUGAAUACAUAUGCAAUGGAUCACUUGAUUCUCAUCUAUAUGGGCGUCAUCGGGAGCCCCUGCAGUGGUCUGCUCGCCAGAAGAUUGCUGUGGGAGCUGCUCGAGGGUUACGCUAUCUUCAUGAAGAAUGCAGAGUCGGUUGCAUUAUCCACCGUGACAUGAGGCCAAAUAACAUCCUUAUUACCCAUGAUUUUGAACCGCUGGUUGGGGAUUUUGGCCUUGCAAGGUGGCAGCCUGAUGGAGAUAUGGGUGUAGAAACGAGAGUCAUUGGAACAUUUGGGUAUUUGGCUCCAGAAUAUGCCCAGAGUGGCCAAAUAACUGAAAAGGCUGAUGUUUAUUCAUUUGGGAUUGUAUUGGUUGAGCUUGUUACUGGAAGGAAAGCAGUAGAUCUUAACCGGCCCAAGGGCCAGCAGUGUCUCGCUGAAUGGGCACGCCCUCUGUUGGAGGAGUAUGCCAUAGAUGAACUGAUUGACCCACAGCUGGGGAACCGCUAUUCAGAACAGGAGGUUUACUGCAUGCUUCAUGCAGCAUCAUUAUGUAUACAGCGGGAUCCUCACUCUAGGCCUCGUAUGCGACAGGUUCUUCGCAUACUAGAAGGUGACAUGCUAAUGGAUGCAAGUUACACAUCGACUCCUGGAUAUGAUGUGGGAAACCAGAGUGGACAGAUUUGGGCAGAACAGCAGCAGCAGCAACAUUAUAGUGGUCCUCCUUUCAAAGGAAGGGUUCAGUAAGCCUUCUUUGGAUACGCUGAGGCUACAGUUCUGGGAGAGGGAUAAGGCCAGGAGGAUUUCAUGUGAAGAUGAUCUGUGAAAGGUUAAUCCACAGUGGAAAAGACACGGUAAGCUAAAUAUAUCCCUGCCCUUUUUUUUGUGUACUUGGAUUUUUGCCUUCAAUUUUUUGGUUCAAUGACAUCCAAGAUUUUGCUUUGUAUAGUAGGAGGGUAGUAACGUUUUGUAAUUUUUUUGUUAAAUGAUAGAAACCGAUGUUAUGCACGAUUUUCUUUAGAAUCAGUGAAGCAAUUGGGUGUUCUUUGCA